AUGCUUUCUUUCUUUCUGUUCUCAAGUAUAUCAACUGAUUCACAAUGUGUUGCACCAAGAAUAACACCAGAACCAGUUAAUAAUAUGAAAAUUAGAUAUGCACAAGUACUUUUAAGGCAUGGUGCAAGAGCUCCUUUAAAUGCUCUCUUACCAAUGAACCACCGUGGUUAUUGGACAUGCGAUAGUGAUGAUGCUAUUGCUCCAAGAAUGCAUGGAGCUCAGAGAUCUGAUUACAGACGUUUCAAACACGUUCUUGAUCCAAGAUUAGUUGCAUUUUUACCAAACUGCCGCACAGGAGAUUUAUUACUUGAAGGUAUGGAACAACACAAGCGUCUUGGUGAAAUGUAUGCUGAUUACUUUGAUAGUAUUGGCUUAUUUGAUCAAUAUCCAAAGGACGAAGAAAUCCAUGCCCGUUGCAGCAACAUCGAAAGAACAUUACGCUCAGCACAAUCAUUCUUACACGGAUUCUAUCCUCCAGGACAGCCAAAUACCACAUUAACCAUUGAAACAGGUUCCGAUGAAUAUUCACUCCUUAGACCAGGCAACUUUUGCAAGGACAUGGAAAACGAGUCAACAGUUUGGGCAGCCUCCGAAGAUUACAAGAAAUUUGUUGCCGAUAAUUGGCCAGCCGUUGCAGAUUUUGCAGAAAAGAUUAAAGUUGAGCAAUCAGGAGAUAAUUUGAAUCUCAUCUGCGAUUACAUUGCCACUCAUUUCUGUGAUGGAAAGCAAAUUUCUCCAGAAAUAACCGAUGAAACAAUUAACACAUGCAGAAAAGCUCUCGGAUUUAAUCUCUACGAUAGAUACAGCAAGAAUCCAUUCGUCUACGCUUCUUAUACAAUGAGAGAAAUCCUUAAUAUCGCAAACGCUGCCCUUGCUGGAAAUAAUACCUACAAAUUCACAGUAAACUCAGCCCACGACUCUACAGUUGCUGCAAUUUAUCAGUAUCUUGCAGGACAAGUCAAUGUAAGAGCUCCAAAUUCAGAUUUCAUUCCUCCUUACGCUUCUCACCUUCUCAUGGAAAUCUGGGAUGAUUCAAACAACGAGCACUACGUUAGAUUUGUUUUCAAUGGUGAAAUUGUCAAAUUAUCCCUUUUACAAAACCAAACUUUGGUUAAAUUCUCCGAAUUCUUGAAUUCUGAGUACAUGAAGAUUAAUGAUUAUUGCACCGAAAUGCCAUAA